CUUAUCAUCCUGUUACGACGACUAUUAAAGCAGCAUUAUUCUUUAAAACAGUGGCAAGAACCAUGUGGCUGUUGGACUGCAACUCCCAACAGCCUUAACCAGAAGUGCCAAAGAUGAGGAAUACUGUGAAUUGCAGUACAACACCUUGGAGGCAGCAUGAAUCACACUCGAGCUUCAAAGGAUUCCUGGACUGAGUACAACAUACAAAUUAAUAUGUCCCCUGAAAUUGCCUUGAAUAAAAUCUCUCCAGCACUUUCUCCUUUGAUUUCCAGUGUGGUCAGAAAUGGAAAAGUAGGACUGGAUGCAACUAACUCUUUAAGGAUUACAGAUUUGAAAUCUGGCUGUACAUCCUUGACUCUUGGGCCCAGCUGUGAUCGCUUUAAAUUGCAUAUUCCAUAUGCUGGAGAAACGCUGAAAUGGGAUAUAAUUUUUAAUGCCCACUAUCCAGAAUUGCCACCUGACUUUAUCUUUGGAGAGGAUGCAGAAUUCCUUCCUGAUCCAUCAGCCUUGCAUAACCUAGCCUCUUGGAAUCCUUCAAAUCCUGAAUGCCUCCUGCUUGUUGUAAAAGAACUUGUGCAGCAGUAUCACCAGUUCCAAUGUGGCAGACUACGUGAGAGUUCUCGUCUCAUGUUUGAAUAUCAAACAUUACUUGAGGAACCGCAAUAUGGAGAGAACAUGGAAAUUUACGCAGGGAAAAAGAACAACUGGACAGGUGAAUUCUCAGCUCGGUUCCUUCUAAAAUUGCCAGUAGACUUCAGCAACAUCCCCACUUACCUCCUCAAGGAUGCAAGUGAAGACCCUGGAGAAGAUGUUGCUCUUCUGUCAGUCAGCUUUGAGGAUACAGAAGCUACUCAGGUUUUUCCCAAAUUGUAUUUGUCACCACGAAUUGAACAUGCACUUGGAGGAUCUUCUGCCCUUCAUAUCCCUGCUUUUCCAGGUGGUGGCUGCCUCAUUGAUUAUGUGCCCCAAGUAUGCCAGCUGUUAACCAACAAGGUGCAGUAUGUUAUUCAGGGUUACCAUAAGAGAAGAGAAUAUAUUGCAGCCUUUCUUAGUCAUUUUGGAACCGGUGUGGUAGAAUAUGAUGCUGAAGGUUUUACAAAGCUCACCUUGUUGCUGAUGUGGAAAGAUUUUUGCUUCCUUGUUCACAUUGACCUGCCACUGUACUUUCCUCGGGACCAGCCAACGUUAACAUUUCAAUCUGUCUAUCACUUCACUAACAGUGGAGAGCUGUAUUCCCAAGCUCAGAAAAACUACCCCUACAGUCCACGGUGGGAUGGCAAUGAGAUGGCCAAGAGAGCAAAGGCUUAUUUCAAAACAUUCAUCCCUCAGUUCCAGGAGGCAGCCUUUGCCAAUGGAAAGCUCUAAAGGGAAACAAAGGACAACCUUAUCCUGAGAUGAUACCAAACGAAUUCUUACAUCCACAUGCUUGUCAACAGACUGCAAGAAGACUUCCUGGAAGCAAUUGGGCUUCAGUCUCUGUUGCUGUUUUGUUUUUCUGGUGUGUGUGUGUGAAUGAAUAUAUUUGGAUGGGGGCAUUCAAUAGUGUUAUAGCGGGGGUUGCUUCUGUAGUGUCAUUCUGUUCACCAACUGAACUCACUGUGUACAUAUGAUGAGGACCGUGAGUGACUUAAAACAUGUUUUCUUUUCCUGAAUUUUCUGUACGUAAACAUAUUUUCUAUUUCCCCUGCUUCACAGAAAUUUAAAAAGGAAAGAAUGGAUGUAGAUUUGCCCACUGGUGUCCCUUUAUUUGUACAAUCUUUUCUGUGUCAGUGUUUAGAGUUCUUCUGUGAAUUUUUGUCAUCCAUUUAAAAAUACCCAUAAAACAAUGGCUACAUUGGACAAAACAUUGCCAUGUUAAUGUAUUUUCAGUUACCUGUAUGCCCAUAUGAGUCCAAAAGAGUACAACCAAAUUAACGUUUUAUUGCCACAGCAGCAGGCCUGGUGGUACAGUGUUCCAGUAUCUCUGAUUGGCAGAUCCCUUUUAGUAGAAUUACUUCAUAUUCUUGUUGUUAGCUGUUUUCCAAUUCUCUACAAAUAUUUAGUUCUCAUCCAGUUUUUUAGCAAGAAAUGUCUCUUAUUUGAACACAUAUUGUCUAAAAACCAGCAGUGUGAAUUAUGAUGCAGCAGUGUUUCUACCCAACUUUACAAUUCUGAUGAAAAACAUAAAUAUCACUGUUGAAACAGGUUCAUAACUUCAAAAAAUGUACUAGUCCCUUUAUUAAUAGAUACUAUAUAGUUGUUCAACAUACAACCUGCUGUUUAGAGGACUUUACGAGAAAACAUAAGUGGAUGUUUCAUUCUUUCUAAUACAGAAAUAGUACAUUCAGCGUCAGAACCAUUAUUUUUCCUUUCCUGUGAUACAUUUAGGCAAGGCACUUGUCUCUGACUAGCAGUGGCGUAACUUCCCCUAUUUUGUAAAUAGCUCACGGUGCUUUCCAGCAGGGAAUGAAAUGUAUUUCUAUUCCAAAUAACAUUUGAAAACAUACCUUGGUUCUGCUAUGAUUUAAGGAAUUAAAUGUAAUAACUGCUACUGUAAUACUCAACCUAUAGUUGUCUAAUAUCAUUAUAAGUAGACUUUACUGAUAUGUAGUGAUCUUUUUUGUUUUCCUCAACUAUAAAACUUGAGUAUUUAUAUUA